AUGGCUGCCCCUCAGCAGGGAGCAGCACGACCACAGGACGUCGCCUUCGCCGCUCGCAGCUCCUGCGAAAACAAUGCGCCCCGACGCAGUCGCUUACCCCUGGAUACGUCGGUCGCUCCCGUGCACCAGAACGGCUGCUUCGAGAUCGAUCGUGUCAUCAAGAGCGGGUGUGUUCAGAAGCGCACCCAAAAGACAAAGAACUGGAAGAGCAUUUACCUUGUUCUACGACCGAAUGGCGUCUCUUUAUACAAGGACGCCAAGGAAGCCAAGCUCCGACACCAGAUUUACCUGUCCGAACUUUCUGCCGUCGCCAUCCUCAAGGACCCAAAGCACAAGCGCAAGAAUCUGUUUGGCCUUUUUUCCGCAUCGAGAAACUUUCAUUUUGCGGCCCCCACGCCACAGGAUGCGCAAGAAUGGGUUGACCUGAUCCGCAAGGCCGCCAGGCUUGACGAAGAAGAGGACGAAAUGUACUUUGGCAGCCCCGUGGCGCCUGGCAUGUCACCAACCGCGCCGGCUCUCGAGAGCUGGGGCAAUCACAUUGACAAUGCGCUCUCAAGCUCCCCCGAAAACCUGACACCCUUUGACCCUUCUGCGCCCAAAUUCAUGGGGGGAAACCGUCGCAUAUCCUUCACGCUGGAGUCGUCUGGCCUAUCCGGCAACGAAAUGCUCUCGUACUCUGACUUUUCUGACAGCGAGGUUCCACGAAGCCACGGCGUGUCCUUUGAGAACCUCGCUGUCAAACCGAUCCCCGAAACCCCGACAGCGACAGACACGAAGCCUCGACAGGCCGCCUUGCCAGGCCAGCGACCAGAAACGUCAGCCCGCUCGGCGAGUCAGAUCAGCGCCGUGACGGCCGAGCAGGAAUCCGAGCGAGUCAUCUGGCAGGGCUCGCUCUGGAUGCAGCGGACCAAACGCGGCGUGCGCCAGUGGAAAAGCAUGUGGGGAGUGCUGCGCGCGCGACAGCUCGUGCUGUACAAGGACGAAUCCGAAUAUGCGGCGCGGGCCAUUGUCGAAGUGGCCGACGUUGUCAGCGUCGUCGAAAUCGACCCCGUCAACAAGAGCAAGACGCACUGCCUCCAAAUCAUCACCGAGGAGAAGACGUACCGCUUCUGCGCUCCCGACGAAGAGUCGCUGGUGCUCUUUCUCGGCGCAUUCAAGAGUCUGCUGACCAAGAGGCGGACGAUGGAGGCGCGCGCGCUGGCAACCGUCGUGGUCAAUCCUCCAUCAUCAUAACGCUGGGUUCAAGCUCUUCCGCGAGAGCUCUUUUACCUGCAUACUCUACUUUCGCUCAUCAUUUCACUUUCUACUUUCCUUUGUCGUACGAUAAAUACCCUCUUCCUUUCGUAAUCUUACAUGACGAAUUUAUGACUCGACUAUUACUCUUUAUUAUACCAAAUUAGUCACACUUACAUGUCCUUUUUUUUUUUUUUCCCUUUACUCUCUUUUCAUUCCCCCUGGCGCACACAUACACACAUCACAGCUUAGAAUGAGCUUGUGACUAAUACGGGGCGCAUUUGGUGGAGUUUGAGGUGCUCGUUUCUUUGUCUUUCAGGGCGGCUCAUCACCAUUCUGAAUGUGAAGAAGAAAAUAAUGGCCUUGAUAUCUGGGGGAGGGUAAUGACAGCGUGUUGUGGUUUGGUGGUUGGCCUGACUUGUUCUUUUCCCGCUACAUCUGCCUACGGGGAAAGUUGGGUUUCAAUUCCACAAAGAUUAAAAAGAGAGCACAUCUCUGUCUUUCUUUUCUUCAUACUAGUUUUAGGCAUUUUCCAUUCUUUAUGCUCAUAUAUUUGGAGCAAAUUAAUUCUCUUGCCUGCUUUUUUUCUUUUUGUAUGAUGACAGGAUGAAUGAAGAAUGCUGUGAUGAAAUGAUACAAAUUGGUUUUUUUUU